GUUCGAGACGUGAAAAUUAUCUGUGAUAGAGGGUGGAUGGAAUGUUUUGCGAUUGAAUUUCUGUUGAUUUUUCGUAUUUUCUUGUCACGUUUCUGAAAAUUUACAUCAGCAACCUCGCAUUUUCACAAGCUUUUAUCUUAGAGGUGCUAAUCGAAGAGAAUGAGGCCUUGACAAAUGACACUCCUUUGUGGCCGUGCUUUCUCAAGGUCUCGUCCGCCUCAGCCUCGUCCGCCAGGUGCUAACGGACAAGAAUUGUACCCCCUAUGAAAUUCAGCUAGCAUCACAAAAUUAAUCAAGAUGAGCAUGAUGUUUGUGAAAUGCAUCAUCAAGUGAUAUACCUUGGUCGUUGUUAUUACCUCAUCUUGCUGUCAUAGCAGUCAUUUGCUGAAAUUUCUCUUCAUCUCCUUUUGAAACCUAAAGUAUUAUGAUGAAGGACAACAGCAGUGAGGCAAUGAAAUCUGAUGUUGAUGCUGUUGCCAUAUGGGAAGCCAAAUUCAAGAAGGACACCCUUGUUGGAAGGGAUUUUAGGGAAUACUGGAAGCUGCACGUGCCGACCAUCUAUGCCCCCGACGAGAGCACCAACUUUCUGCACAUCAGCUACGAUGACGACAGUGCACAGAAGCUGCUUUUCGAUACACUGAAACAGUUCAUCUGCAUCGACAACCCGGCCGAAGUGUUAAAGCACCUCAAGGAGCUAACCACGCCGGCGGCGCUGUGCGGCAAGGUGUUCCGCAUGGGCGAGGCCACGUACAGCUGCCGCGACUGCGGCCAGGACAGCACGUGCGUGCUCUGCCGCGACUGUUUCGCCGCUUCCGCCCACCAGCAGCACAGGUACAAGAUGAAUCAGUCAGUGGGCGGCGGCUACUGCGACUGCGGCGACCGCGAGGCCUGGAAGGACAGCUUCUGCUGUAGCAUCCACGAACGGAACGCCGUCGGCGGUGGCACCAGCUCGCUGCUCAAGUUCCCGCCGGAGAUUGUGCAGCGCGCGCGCGCCGUCUUCUCCGCCGUGCUGGACUACUCGCUGGAGAUGCUGACCCACGAGAACACGAUGGGUCUGCCGCACGACCUGCGCUCUCCGCUGGAGCAGGAGGGUGACGCUGACGACCUGCUGUCGGGCGCUGAGCCGCUGCGCACGCCGCUCUACGUCACCAUGUUCUACAACGACGAGACGCACACGUUCGAACAGGUGAUCGAGUGCCUGCGGCGGGCGGUGGAGUGCUCGCAGCGAGACGCCGUCGAUUACGCCACAAUCAUCGACCGGGUCGGGCGGAGCAUCGUCAAGUGCGGCGACUUCCAGACGUGCAACAAGGCGAAGCAGGUGUUUGAGCACCACUCGGUACGUCACAGCAGCGGACCCUACAAGGUGCACGUGAUGCACACGCACGUGGUGGCCCACCAGACGUUCGCCAUGCGCCUGCUGCUCUGGCUGAAAAAGCUGAUCGAGGAGGUGGACGGCUUCCGCACCCUGUUCGGCCAGAUCGUCACUGAGCCGGCGGCGGACGGUCCGGUACUGGAGCGCGUGAUGAAGUCGGACACCCAGCUGUGGAAGCUGGCCAGAAACCAGUGGCACCUGCUGCUCAUCCAGGGCAUGCUCAUGGAACACGACAGCAAAAAGGUUUUCGCCAAGACGUUCACCCGGCUGUACCCGGCGCUGAUGCGCGACUUCAUGUGUGACGACCACAACCACUCGGACUCUGUGACGUCGCUGUCGGUGCAGAUCUACACGGUGCCCACCAUCGCUUACAUGCUCAUCACCGACGAGGACUGCCUGUUCGUCGUCACCAGGACCUUCUACGACGAGUGCAUCAACCGACGGAACGCACAGGGCGUGCUGAGUUUCGACGCUCGCAGUCCGAACACGACAUGGCGCCGGAUCAGUUACUGUCUGAACGACCUGCGCUACCUGCUCAACAACAUGCGGCCGCCCCAGUGGACCGACCAGCUGCGCAAGGGAUUCCUGCACGGCUUCAACGCCCUGCUGGACGUGCUGGCGGUCAUGGAGGGGAUGGACUCGUCGGUCCGUCAGAUGGGCAACCACCUGGAGUUCGACCCCGAGUGGCAGACGGCGUUCACGCUGUUCGGCAAGCUGUCCAUCGUCAUCUACCACCUGAUGGACUGGUGCAGCUCCGACCGCAUGGUGCUCGUCAAGGCCUACCGCGCGGUGCUACGGAAGCUGUACGGCAAGCUGAGUGAGGAGCGACUUCGUCCGUCUGCCACGGUCACCGCCGCCGGCAAGACGUUCCGCGUCAUCGAGUUUGACAUGUGGCAGAAGCCGGUGUCGCUGCAUCUGCCGCUCACCAGGAUGUUGGCCGGACUGCAUCUGCAUCUCGGUCGGUUCGGCCUGCAGUUUGGCUCUCCCGAGUUUGAAAUGGAGGACCGGCCGACCAUCCAGCAGAUCAUGGAGACCUCUCUGCGCGCCGUCAUCCUGACCACACAGGUGCGGGCGGGUAUGUGGCGUAGAAACGGCACCUCGCUGGUCAGCCAGGUGCACUUCUACAGCAACGUGCGCAUCCGCUCCGAGAUCCAGGACAGAGACGUGCAGAUUCUUCAGAUGGCCGCCGCGCUGGAGGACCCGGACGAGUUUAUCAUGACGCUGAUGCUGCGCUACGGCAUCCACCACUGGCUGGCGCCCGACUUCGAGGGCGUCAUGAGACGGACCACUGAGGUGGACGGUGAGCCGGUGACCUACUUUGUCGAGACGGUGCAGGAGGGCGGCAAGACCGUCACCAACUUCGUGCAGACGGUGCAGGAGUUCACCCACAACCUGGAGGAGAUGAUGCUCGUGCUGAUCCACGUGUUCGGCGAGCGCUACCAGCCCGGCGUCGGAGAGGUGACUCGAGAGGACUGCCUGAAAAAGGAGAUCAUCCAGUGUCUGUGCAUCGAGCCGACGCCGCACUCGAAGCUCUCCAAGCUGGUGGUGGCUGAGAACCACAACGUGAGCAUCGAGCAGCUGGCCGACCAGGUGGCCGAGUUCAAGCUGCCCCAGAACGGCACCGGCAAGGGCGUCUACGAGCUCAAACCAGAGCUGUACUCGGACUACAACCCGUUCUGGUACCACUACACGCGCGAGGAGCAGUCGCGUGCCGAGGGCGCCCAGCGGCGCCGGAAGCGUCUGGCCGACGAGCCGGCGUGCCUGCCGCCGCCGCAGCUGCCGCCGUUCACUCCCGAGUUCCGGGCGGCGCGCAACGUGGCCGUGUGCCGCGCCAUGCUGGACGUGCUGCUCACCGUGCUGAGGAGAUCGGCGGACCUGACGGCGCGGGUGUUCUCCGAGACGCUCUUCCAGCGCGCGCUGUUCCUGAUGGGCCUGGCGCUGAACGAGGAGGAGCGAUCGGCGGCCGGCGCUACGGCCGACGCCGGGCCGCCCGAGCAGCCGCCCGCCUUCUGCUUCUCGCAGCCGGCGCAGCAGUGCGGCAUUGUGGACGCCCUCCAGAACAUGGUGGGCAAUCCCCGAGUGAGUUCCCACGCCGACCUGCUGGCCUGGGUGAACGCCAAGCUGAACCGUCUGCUGGGCCGGACGGCGGCGGCUCCCGAGAGCCAGCCGUCCACCUCGGAGGAGGCCGGCAGCGAACAGAAGAAGCGGCGCGCGCAGGCGGCCGCCCGCCGCGCCCGCAUCCUCGGCCAGAUGCAGGCGCAGCAGAAGAAGUUCAUCACGCAGAACAUGACGGCGCUGGCCGAGCCGGAGGAGGCGGAGCCGAGCGGCGCGCUGUCGGCCGAGCGGGCGGCCGCCGUCACCGGGUCGGCCAUGGACCUGAGCGAGGGCGCCGAGCCGGACCGGUGGCCCGUGUGUCUGGGCCCGCGGCAGUCGGCGCGGCCGGCCGCACCCGCCGAGUACACGUGCAUCCUGUGCCAGGCCACCGAGCAGGUGUCCAGCACGCGGCCGGCCAUGGUGAUGGCGGCGUUCGUGCAGCUGUCGACGGUGCUGUCCCGGGACCGGGCGUCCACGGCGGCCAACCCGGUGCUGUACGUGCCGAGCUCGCUGCACCGACUGCCGCACACCUCCAGCUGCGGACACGCCAUGCACGCCGCCUGCUGGCAGCGACACUUUGAGAACGUCUGUCAGCGCGAGCGGCGCCGCGCGCACAGGCUGCGGCACAAUAUGAGCUACGACGUGCAGAAGCGCGAGUUCCUCUGCCCGCUGUGCCAGUGUCUGAGUAACACGGUGGUGCCCCUGGUGCCGGCGCGCAUGGUGGCGCUCGAUGGCGACGACCGGCCGCCGGCCGACAACAUCAACGUCUGGGUCAAGGGGCUCCAGCUGGCCUGCGCGCACACGGUGGUGCAGGUGGAUGAGUCUCCGGGAGCGGACCACAGCGUGGAGCAGCGCCGCGUUCGGUACCGCAGCCCCGGCCUCAAGACCGUCCUCAAACAUAUGACGCAGCGCGAAGGGAACCAGUUCCGAGCGCAGGUGCGUCUCGGUGACCGUAUAGCCGAGAUCCCCACCUCCACUCGCGAGAUGAUGAUCACAUUCGCCAUGGUUCCCUGCAUGGUGGGUCUGGACGGCCGUGUGGAGCUGGGGGACCGCCGGGUGCCGCUGCUCACCCUGCAGACGUGCGCCUACACGCUGCACACCACGGAGCAGCUGCUGCGCCACACGGGCCGGCCGCUACUGGCCGAGCUGGGCAGUCGCGGCGACAUCUGCCUGACGCAGCUGACGCACGUGUGCGCCACCAUGCUGCCGGUGGUGGCCGAGCUGGGGACGGCGCAGGCCAGCUGCCUGGGCCUGCUGCGGCUGCUGCUGGACCAGCCGGCCGGCGGGCCGCCCGUCACAGACAUGGACGCCUUCGGCCUGGUGGUGAUCCUGUGCUCGCUGACCACCACACUGUUCGCCGAACACGCCGACGGCAUCCAGGCGCCCUCCGGAUCGCUGCAGGACCUGCAGUGUGUUCGUCUCUCGCUGCUGCUGCACCUGGUGCAGAUCCUGCUGACGCUGGACGUGGCCGAGCUGACGCGCCAGCAGCCGAUGGAGACGGACGACGAGCCGGCCGCCGGUGACCAGGACGAGCAGCAGUGGCUGGCAGAGCUCUACACGCUGGUCCGCUCCGCCGCCGGCGUCGAGGUGGCCGACGUCAGCCCGCCGCUGCUGCGCCAGUAUGUGGCCGGCGCGGUGACGCCGUUCCUGCGCUGCUGCGCGCUCUACUUCCACUUCCUGACGGGAGUGCGCGCGCCCGACGAGCUGCUGCAGCCGCUGCCGCUGGCGGCCCAGUACCCGCACCUGCUGCGCUACCUGGGACUGGACUCGCUCUGCGUGCCCCAGGCCACAGACUGCCAGAGCGUGCUGCAAGAUCUCAUCGCCAAGUGGUGUCGCCACCCGGACAUCGGGCCGUACCUGGCCGGCAGCCGCGGGCCCAUCGUCCGCUACCCGCUGUCAGUCAACACACUCAUCCCGCUGCCCGUCGACUUCUCCGAGCUUAUCAACAAGGUAUCCGACUUCACGUGUCCGAGCAGCGACGGCGAGUCGCGCGUGCCGGCCAUGUGUCUGGCGUGCGGCGAGCUGCUGUGCUCCCAGUCGUACUGCUGUCAGGUGCAGGUGGAGCACAUUGGACAGAUCGGCGCCUGUAACGCGCACCUGAUGCGCUGCGGCGCCGGCUCCGGCGUCAUGCUGCGCAUCCGCGAGUGUCGCGUCCACCUGCUGGUCAACAAAGUCAGAGGUGCCAGCGUUCCCCCGCCGUACGUGGACAAGUUUGGCGAGAUGGACCAGGGCCUGAACCGUGGCAACCCUCUGACGCUGUGGCGCGAGCAGUACGACAAGCUGAACCGGCUGUGGAUCGCGCACGGCAUCCCCGAGGAGGUGACCCGCCUCAUGGAGGACUCGUUCAGUCAGACAGACUGGCAGAAUCUCUGAGCGCUGCCGGACGGCUGGCAGAGCCUGUGACCGGCAGCCGACAGACUCUGAGAGACUGGCUGAAAUGGUCUGUGACAGUCCGACAGACUCUUAGAGACUGGACUGGUCCGUGACCGGCGGUCCGACAGACUCUGAGCGCUGCCGGACGGCUGGCAGAGUCUGUGACCGGCGGCAGUCGGACAGAUCCCGGAGACUGGCUGGACUGGUCUUUAGCCAGCUGUCCCUCAGACUCUCGGAGACUGACUGGUCUGGUCUGGUCACUGGUCUGUGGCCGGCAGUCCGACAGGCUCUCGGAGACUGGCCUGUCUGUCUGACUGGACUGGUCUGGUCACUGGUCUGUGGCUGGCAGUCCGACAGACCUCGGAGACUGGCCUGUCUGACUGACUGGACUGGAGCUCCUCCUGGCGGCGCCUGCCGUGCGCAGCUUAAGGACGCCGUGGACUGAGUUGUAAGUGUGGAGAGGGAGAGGACAAUGGGCCCUCGCUCCCUGGGACGGCCGUCGGUCCGAUGUGUUCUGUGUCAGAGGAUGCUGAGCUCCGCGCUGUGUACGGCUGCGCUGGCUAGAAGAAGCUCUCGGCUUUUAAUGCAGGCGGACGGAGGCGUGCAUGACGCCGACGCAGGCGGAUGGGAGAUGUGACUGACCCAUAACGUAGGCGGACGCGGACGUGAAUGUUUCGACGCAGUGGUAUGGGAGACGUGAAUAUCGCCCGACGUAGUUCCUCUCGCGUACUAACUCUAACCUAGGGCGGAUGUGCUGGGCCGUAUGUGAGAGGAGGAACGGGCCAGAGAGGGUCCGGUGUAUGUGUCGAGGGAGGGGGGGGGGGGGGGGCGGGGAGGCAGAGCUAUUUCUCGCUGGUUUGCGUUCUGGGUAGAUAUUGGAGGGCGACUCAGUCGCCGCUUAUUCGAUCGUGCAAUUGAUAUAAUGCACUAACCGCGACCAAAUUAGACGUCGCAGACAGAUAUCAGCUGCCGUUGGGGAUUGAUAAAUGUUUAUGGAAGGAGUGAUUAAGCCCGGAUUGAACAGUUGUGAAUGUUUAUGCGUGUAGUGACAGAGCGAUGGUGUAUUGGGAGUUGUAAUUGUCGUAAGGCUGGUCUAGGUUGGUGUGCUUCCGUCCCGUGUCGUGCGAGCCGCACUGGCGCCGCUGGUAGCUGGAGUCGGCCUGUCGGACGGCGGCCAGGGAAUAUCCGAGUGCCCGGCCCGCCGGUGGCAGGUCGGCGACUGUGAGGAGGUCGGCACUCGGCGGCGCGCUGGUGUAUACAGCUGCCCGCUGAGGUGUUCUCGGGCUGGUCUGACCCUCUCCUGGCUCCCGGUGUCUAACCUGCCGAGCGGGGCGGUCAAUGUAGGUCUCAUAUUACGAAUAUCAGUGACGGUGCGCGGGUCGGACGAGCGCCGCCGCGCGCCCGACUCGGGUGGUUCAGAGUCUCCGAGUGUCCGCUCCAUGACAGAAGCGCGUGCGCCGGUCCCCACCCCGCCGCCGUCACCGUUCAACACCCCGCUGUGAUGCUGACAAUAUUGUAGAAACUGAUGACGAUACAUAUACUGCUCGCGAUAGAUAACCGCAACGGUCGGGGCUGGCGAGCCAGCUCCGCCUGUACCGAGUGGCCGCUGAAAAUCUCCGGCGUUCUGAUUCUGUUAGUCUUUAAGCACUGACUAACAGCCGUCUUUGACGUGAGUGUGGUUCUGGGUGAACGCUAGGAUUGUAUCCGGAUUGUUUCGUGUAGUACUGCGAUAUAUGACUGGGCAGGAUGGGCCGGAGCGACUCGCAGUGGCCGCCUCAGACUUUUGAAGUUCGAGCGGCUGCCUCGAGAUGCUCCCCGUAAUCAGACGCGAAAUAGAUGUACGAAUGUUCUGCCUUUUAAAGUGGAUUAAUAAAUGCUGGAGUCGUGGAAAA